UGGAGUGUUCGCUUGCGUAUAAAAAUUUUAUCGGAUAUUAAACUAGGCAAGGUUCUCAACACAACAUCGGUUUCAAACUUUAAAAUAUGUCCGAAAAUUUGAAUUUAGAGCAAGAAUUUUUGUCAAACUCCGAUAAUGGUUGCGAUCUUCUUAAGAAAAUUCCAAAACACUGCGCUGUGAAUUUGCAGUUUCACGAUGUGAUAUAUCGAGUGCAAAUUUCCAAGACGAUAUUAAACGGCGUGAGUGGAGAAUUCCGUGCUGGUGAAUUGUCGGCUAUCCUGGGUCCAUCUGGCUGUGGAAAAUCAACACUUUUAAAUAUUUUAGCCGGUUAUCGAAUUCUCAAAACGUCUGGCCACAUUAAUAUCAACAAUAAGCCACGAAAUAUGCAGGAAUUUCGUAAAAUAUCCCGUUAUAUUCUACAAGAUGAUUAUGUUUGCCCAAAGUUUACCAUAAUGGAAACCAUGAUCUAUGCUUCCAAAUUCAAAUUGACCCCCAAUAGUACAAACGUCGAACGUCAGAGAUUGAUAAAUGAUUACUUGGACGUAUUUCUGCUCAAAAGUAAAGCCAAUGCAUUGAUCUCAAAUAUAUCGGGUGGAGAACGAAAGCGACUAUGUGUGGCAAUGGAAUUAUUAGACAAUCCAUCGGUACUAUUCUUAGAUGAACCAACAACAGGCCUAGAUGAAUUUUCUGCUACCCAGAGUAUUACCCUGCUUAAAAGACUUGCUGCUUCCGGACGCACUAUAAUCUGUUCUAUACAUACACCUUCGGCUAAGUUAUUUCAGAUGUUCGAUAGAGUUUAUGUUUUAUCAUCUGGCCAGUGUAUAUAUCAAGGCAAAGUGGAUAGUAUGGUGCCAUAUUUGCGACAAUUUCAACUUAACUGCCCAAUACAUCAUAAUCCAGCUGAUCACGUUAUCGAGGUUGCAACCAACUUCCACGGAAACUUUCAUACUGAAUUGGUUCAACAAAUUACUAAUGGCAAAAAAUAUCUUAACUUUGAUGCAUCCAAACUUGUCCAAGCUGAUAUUCCGAACUGUAAAUACUCUGAGGUAUCUGACAUUACAGUUAAUGAAUAUUUGAAUUUCAAUUCAAGCGAUUGGAAAAUGGGAUGGUGGUCCGAAUAUUGUUGGAUACUCUCUCGAAUAAUGCAACAAAUGUGGCGUGAUAAGUCCAAUAUGAAACUGAUUAUGGCUACCAACAUUUUGUUAUCAUUGCUUUUGGGGCUUGCUUAUCGUGGUAUAGGAUAUGAUGCUUCAUUUGGACUGUUCAACUAUAACCUGGCGCUGUUGGUUAACGUACAAUAUAUUUUUCUGUCAAUGCCGCCCAUGCUAACCUACAUACCACUAAAUAUGCAGUACCUCCGUAGAGAGCAUUUCAAUCAGUGGUAUCGAGCCAGUUCUUAUUUCAUGGCAUUGGUUACCUGUCAGAUACCGUUCUUGGGAGCUGAGUGUGUUAUCGGCUCAUCCAUUAUAUACUGGCUAACGGAUCAACCCAUGCAAUGGUUUCGCUUUCUACUAUUCUUAGGCAUUCUUAUUCUUACAUCUCUGACAGCCUCGAGUUUUGGGCUGCUUGUGGGCUCCAGAUUGCGGUUAUUGAAUGCUUUAUUUAUGGGUCCUAAUAUAAUCGCUGUGUUCAUUAUGUUUUCAAGCUAUGGCAUAGAGAAAAGUCAUCUCAACAUGCUGGAGGAUAUAAUGAUUUAUGGCAGUUUUGUGCGACAUUCACUGGAAGGCCUAAUGUCUGCGUUAUUCCAACACAAUCGUCAAGAUCUAAUUUGUCCACCGGAUAUAAUUUUCUGCUCUGGUGUUAAACCCCAAUUCAUCCUUAAAGCGACUGGAACAUUGAAUUCUAAUUACAUUCGUGCAGCAGCUUCAUUGUUUGGCUUCUAUACCUUCUUCACUCUUUCGGCCUGGAUUGUUUUCAAAUGUCGACUUAGCUCAUUGGAGUUUUUACAGAAAAAUCCUCUUUAUCGUUACGUGCGAUAUGUGUUAUCAAAAUAUGUAUUUUUCAAAGCCAUGUAGAAUGUAUAGAAUUAAAGAAUUACUAAAUUUAAGCAAUAGUUGUUAAGUUGUGAAGAUGUAUGGGGGGUUACACACAUAGCAUGUUAAAAAGUUUUCAAAUAUUCAACAAGGUUUUUCGAUAAAUCCAUUUGUAAUAAAUGUGAAAAAAUACAACAUAA